CAUGACCAGACAAUGUGAAUCACGUGUAUUGGUUCAAAUAACAGCAAAGGCUUUAUCAUAUUUCGAGAAAAACAAGAUGAGCGUAUUUCCAGUGCAAUACGUUUUCGAUAAACACAUGUCGUAUAUAGGUAACAGGUGUAUUGUUAAUAAGGUCGGUAGAACACAAUUACAUGUAAUCUCGGUGUUCUAUUGUAAAUCAAAAGUAAAUUAAAUCACAGAUGAAGAUAUCAUAAUUUCUACAUAAGAGGACGCAGAUUUGCGUAAACCGAUUUAUGUCGCCAGAUGUAAGGACCUGCCUAUAAAACAGUUCCUCCUUCAUCUUUCGUUGCGUUCCUUUCAACAGCCUCUGAACACAUCCACGAUGAAUGCUCUGUUGGUUUCGCUGCUGUUUAGUGCCGUCAUGUACACGGAAGUGGCUGGCUGGGGCUGCGGCAGCGGCUGGGUUCCAUUCUGCAACCACUGCUACCUAUUCAGCCGCGAUACCAGAUCCUGGUAUGAUGCAGCAUACACAUGUGCUGCUCUUGGAGGAGCCCUGGUUUCAUUUGAUACUCCAGCCGAGUUGCGUUGGGUCAAAGGGUACGUCACAAAGCUUUGUAGUGGAAAGAGUUACUGGACGGGCGGAAAUGACAUCAGACACGAGGGAAGAUGGGUGUGGAAUCCAACCAAUGGACAACCCAUCAACCGAGACUGCACUGACUGGGCGAGCGGAGAGCCAAACAGCUGGAGGGGACUCAACCAGGACUGUAUGUUGAUGUGGCACCACAGGUCAUACCAAUGGGAUGACGAACAGUGCCAUCUUGGAAAGGGAUAUAUUUGUGAAAAAUACAUGUUUUCAGAAAAAGUUUGCAGUUGUCGGAUAUGAGGGAAUCGCACCAUUGCAGUAUAUCGGAUCUGUGUACACAUCGAAAUUUACCAGAAACACACAUUAAAGUAUCGUAUUAUAUAA